AGCUCGCUCAUGGGUCAUCCUUUAACUUCCUAGCGGGAAGCGGAAGAGCUGUCUCGAAGCGUCCCGUAUCAAUGAUUCAUGAAUAUGAAGCUCUCCCGUGCUGAAUACAAGGAGAUAGUGAGAUGGACAGAGCAACUGAGACCAACACGGCAGUGUAUGAAUAUGUUAAGGAAAAGAUUUCCAAAUCACUCGCAGUCCACUCUUCUGAGCAUCUUCUCCCUGGAGUACCAGAAACGAACCAAAAGGACUAUUUCGAGGCACCGUGCACCUGAUGUCAUUGAAAGCUACUACCAAAGGUAUCUGAGCGAGGCCACGACACAUCCCUCUGCUCCCGUCUUGCUGGAGUUGGCCAAUGAGGUGGAUUUGUCUCCUGCGCUGAUGGCUCGCGUCAUCCUAGACAGGUUUCUUCAGGACCUGGAAGGCGAAACACCUUCAAAAUUAGUCCUCAACAGUAUGCUCAAGGAACCAUCGUUAAUACCGGACCAAACCUUGGCCAAGAACGUAUACCAAUGCACAGUAAACGACUGCUGUUAUGGACCACUGGUCGACUGCAUCAAACAUGCUAUUGGCCAAGAGCAUGAGGUGCUGCUGUGUGACAAACUCAAGGAGAAGAAUUUGUCCUUUCUAGAUGAAAACCAACUGAGAGCUAAAGGUUAUGACAAAACACCUGACAUCAUCCUGGAGGUUCCUGUUGCUGUGGAGGGACACAUUGUCCACUGGAUUGAGAGCAAAGCGUCAUUUGGAGAUGACCACAGUCAUCGCACCUAUCUCAACGAACAGUUUUGGAGCUACUGGAACAGAUUUGGACCUGGGCUUGUCAUCUACUGGUACGGUUUCAUAGGGACCCCAAAUUAUAACCAAAAGUCUUUAAAAAUGGGAACAAGUUCAGAAGAUUAUUUUAAGGGAAACUGUUGGCUGACCUUCAGCAUGCCAGAUAUCCUGAAAUUGCCCAACGAAGAUUUCCUGUUUUGAGGAGGGGACCAACCCCCAAAACUCUUAUUGGUGGUUUAUACAUUAUAUAUGAAUUUUGGGUGUUUCUUUAUUUAUUUUUGUCCCCCCAAUACAAUUAUAAUGGAUGUCAAUUUUCUGCAGAUUUUUUGCUAUUCGCAGUGAGUCAUCAAACACCUACCACCAUUUCACUGAUUAACCCCUCAUAAAUUUCAGAUGUUCUAGUUGCCUUUUCCUGACUUUUUUUUUUUUUGCUUUCUAUUAGAAGGCUGAAGGCUUCGUGGUAGCACCGACUGCUAUUUCGAAUUGUUCAUAAUUCACUUAAUCUUGACUAAACUGAAGAAAAGCCAUGCUUCACUGUAGGUAUGGUGUUGGACUAUUUUUUUUUUUUUUUUACUUCCCCUCUCGAAAAGAUACACACACAAAAAUCACUUGAGUUGCACAGGUUAUAGGCUGUAUUACAGGUAGAAAACGUCUUUGGUCUAAUUUUUUCUUUAUCACAAAAAAACUGGCAUAUGAACAAGGGUGUGUAGACUUUGUAUAGCCACUGUAAGCAAAUGUCUCAUACUUGACAGAAACUUGAAAUACUGUAUGUCUUUCGACGUGGUCCGGGUGUAAAAAUGAUUCUGAUUUAGACUUGUACAGUAAUCCCCCCUUGUCCCUAAUUUAUAUCACUUCCAAAACGGAAGCCGGUUCCACCACGGAGAAUAAAAAUAAGCGUUUCUAUAUUUGUUUUGUGCAGUCACGCAGUCCAAAAAGACACGGCAUGUGUGCUUGAAUGCUGGCGAGGUGUUGCUUGAUUUGUUACCCUUAAACCUCUAACCCUUAGCCGGCUCCCAUCCAGGCCUUGAUCCCUCCACCAGGAGGCCACCGGGUCACUGUUGGGUCACCAGGCGGCCAUGGCUUCCCCCCACCCUCGCCCCCUCUCACACCUCCUCUUCAACAAAACAACUGUCCCCAUGUGUCCAGUUAAACCCAACCCUAUUGCCUGCCUAUGGAAUGCUUAGGCAUCACUUUAUUGCUCCUGUUGGACACAAAAACAGGGCCAUUUUACUUGUCGGGGGAAAAUUCUCAGCUGAAUAAGAGCAGAAAGAAAAAGAAAAAAAAACAGCAGAAUCAGUUCCUCUCAAGUUUCGAGCCUUCCUGCCAUUGUUUUCCAAGAUGGCUGUGGCACAAAAGAGGAGUCAGGGUCAGCUCCUAUAAAUUAGCUUUGUGCACACAAUGCCAGCUAAAUAGCGCCUUUCUAAAGCCUACUUCAAAGUCACGGCAGCUGGACAGAUUCCGCCACGUGACAACAAAUGGAAAAAAAGUAAUCACAAACUAAUCAUUUUUAAUAACAACAAUGGGACUUUGUUGACAUCCACUUUAGACUUUAAAAUAUUUUUCUUUAAAGUAAUGCCAAUUGAAUAGCAAUGUAUUCAUUUGGAAUGAGACUGUUUAUCACCAGAAUUUUCUCACUUUGCUUUUUUUGUGUCUGAUUAAAAUUAUAUUCAAACAUC